AUGGAGAGCCCCGAGGAGGAGGAGGCCGCCGCCGCCUCUUCCCGCCUCGCCGAGCCGCUGAGGAGGGCCUCCCGCUUCCACAAGCGCUCGGCGGCGCGCGGCGACGGCUCGGAGGCAGCGGCGGCGGCCGACUCGGAAGGGGCUGAGCUGGCGGGGCGGCGUCUGCGGCAGGAGGGCGCCCCCCCGCCGGCCGCCCUGUCGUCCUCCUCGUCGUCGCUGUCGGACGAGCCGCUCGGGCCUCCCCCUCCGCCGGGCCUGCUCCGCCACCGGCCGCACCGCGCCCACCACAAGGCCUCGCCGCCGCCGCCGCAGAGGCGCCCCCGCCGCCGCCGCGCCGCCCGCCUCCUCCUCCACGACCCCGCCCAGGACGCCCCGCCGCUCUACCCGCACGACGGCGACGAGGAAGAAGACGACGAGGACGACGACGACGGCGGCGGCCUGGAGGGGGACGAGGGCGGCGAGCUGUGCAGCGACGGCGGCGGCUUCUGCCUCCCUCCCGGCUCGGAGCCGCGCAGGCGGGCGCGGGCGGGCGGGCCUCCCGUGGCGCUGAGCGGCGCCUCCUCCUCCUCCGCCGCCGGCCCGUCGCCCUCGUCGCUCUCGGCAGCCCGCGGCGGCGAGGUGGUGCGCGAGCUGGGCCCCGAGGAGGUGCGCUGGUUCUACCGCGAGGACCGCAAGAGCUGGAAGCCCUUCAUCGGCUACGACUCGCUCCGCAUCGAGCUGGCCUACCGGGCCCUCCUGCUGCUCCUCCUGCAGCAGCCGCCGCGCACCCCCAGCCCGCCCGCCCCCGCCGCCAACAGCCCCGAGCGGCCCGGCCCCGAGCCCGUCUGCGUCCGAGGAGGCCUCUACGAGGUGGACGUCGCCAACGCCGAGUGCUACCCCGUCUACUGGAACCCGACAGAAAAGAUUCCUGUGAUGCGUGGGCAGUGGUUUAUUGAUGGCACGUGGCAGCCCUUAGAAGAAGAAGAAAGUAACCUGAUAGAACAGGAGCAUCUCAGCUGUUUCAAGGGGCAGCAGAUGCAGGAGAACUUUGAUAUGGAAAUAUCGAAAACCCUGGAUGGAAAAGAGGUUACCUACCACCUCCCUCCCUUCUCCCUCCAUUCUCUGUUCAAAUGGAGAGGAUAUAAAGAGAAUGCAGAGGCUUCAGGGCUUAAACGCAAGCGGUCUGAAGCUAUCCACAGUCUGAAGCUGAGCCGCACCCACGUGGACUGGCACAGUGUGGAUGAAGUCUAUCUUUACAGCGAUGCAACAACGUCAAAAAUUGCAAGAACGGUGACUCAGAAGCUGGGGUUCUCCAAAGCUUCGAGCAGCGGGACAAGACUUCACCGAGGCUACGUGGAAGAAGCUACGUUGGAAGACAAGCCUUCGCCCACCACUCACAUUGUGUUUGUCGUGCACGGCAUUGGGCAGAAAAUGGACCAAGGAAGAAUUAUAAAAAAUACUGCCAUGAUGCGAGAUACUGCAAGGAAAAUAGAAGACAAGUAUUUUAGCAACCAUGCCACACAUGUUGAGUUCCUGCCUGUUGAAUGGCGAUCGAAGCUUACCCUUGAUGGAGAUACUGUGGACUCCAUUACUCCAGAUAAAGUCCGUGGCUUAAGGGAUAUGCUGAACAGCAGUGCGAUGGACAUAAUGUACUACACAAGUCCCCUCUACAGAGAUGAAUUAGUGAAAGGCCUUCAGCAGGAGUUGAACCGCUUGUACACGCUUUUCUGUUCGCGGAAUCCAGACUUCAGAGCCAAGGGCGGGAAAGUGUCAAUUGUGUCGCACUCCUUGGGAUGCGUGAUCACCUAUGACAUCAUGACCGGGUGGAAUCCGGUCAGACUGUAUGAGCAGUUGCUUGAGAAGGAGUACGAAGACCUCGAAGAGACCUGGAUGAGCUAUGAGGAGCAGCAUUUGCUAGAAGAGUUUUACAUAACCAAGCAGCGAUUGAAAGAAAUAGAAGAGAGGUUGCAUGGGCUGAGGACAUCCACCAUAUCCAAACCACCUGCCUUAAAAUUCAAGGUUGAGAAUUUCUUCUGUAUGGGAUCUCCAUUAGCAGUGUUUUUGGCCUUGCGCGGCAUCCGUCCAGGAAACGGUGGAAGUCAAGAUCACAUUCUGCCCCGAACUCUUUGUAACCGGUUGCUAAACAUUUUUCAUCCAACAGAUCCAGUGGCCUACAGACUAGAACCGUUGAUCCUGAAGCACUAUAGCAACAUCUCCCCUGUCCAGAUCCACUGGUACAACACCACCAACCCUCUCCCUUACGAGCACAUGAAGCCAAGUUUCCUCAACCCAACGAAAGAACCUACCUCAGUUUCCGAGAGCGAGUCUGUCCCGACGAUACCCAGCCCGACGACAUCGCCUGUCAUGGCGCGGCGGCACUAUGGAGAGUCCAUAACGAAUAUAGGCAAAGCAAGUAUAUUAGGAGCCGCCAGCAUCGGGAAAGGCCUCGGUGGGAUGCUCUUCUCCAGAUUCGGCCGUUCCAGUGCCCCCGCCUCCCAGGCUCUGGAGCCAGGAAAAGAAGGGGCAGAAGCAGAGGAGAAGAAGCCGGCCUCUAGUCAAUCCACCAUUGGAACUCUGACCUUCCCCCACAGCACCUCUGGCUUCCUGGACCCAACAUUGGAGCUGGAGCACAGGAUCGACUUCGAGCUCAGGGAAGGCCUAGUGGAGAGCAGAUACUGGUCGGCCGUCACGUCGCACACGGCUUACUGGUCGUCUAUGGACAUUGCCCUCUUUCUUCUCACCUUCAUGUACAAGCAGGACCACGGAGAAGAGGACAGCAUCCAGCCACAGCCAGACCCUGUUUGAUUUUUGCUCCGGGCGGGGAGGGGGGAGGGAGGGAGGGAAGGGGGGAUAAAACUCAUUGAACGUCAUAGACCAAUCUUAAGUGAAAGUAAGGCGCACGGAUGUUUCAGGUUUGAAUGCAUGCCUGGGUUUCUCCCUUUCAAGAUUAUUUGUCCUUCCGCUUCUCGAACCAUCCGCUGUUCUCCUGAAGGUCCUCUUGAAAGGCCAGCUGUUUUCAUCUGGACAGCCAGUGCAGCAGUAGCAUUUUAGCAGCAUCUCUGCUAAGGGGUGUGGGGGGGGAGAGACUUCUUGGCAGAUUUAACAUAAUCAUUCUUCCACCAAGCUCUUUUUCCCCCUUCCCCCCCCACCCCCCCCUUUUAAGUACAAACGUUUAGUCUGCUAAACUUAAAUCCAUUUUCACUCACAAAAAUGCCUGCAAACCUAAAACAGCCAUGUUCUGUGUCCUGGGAAGUAUAAUGCAACAGUAUCAAUGUUUAGAUCUGAAGUCUGUCGCUCGUAGUUCCACUGAAAUUCCUUUGGGGCGGCAAGACUCGAAAGAUGUGCUAACGCAACUCAUUCACAAACUAAAAUGCUGGCAUAAGGCAAAUAGACGGUAACCAUAAUUUAUUAUUGCCUCCAACUAACGGUUUUCUUUUACUCCAGUGUGUAAAAAGCAUUACUUUUCUACAGAUUUUUUUUCUUUAUCUUUUUUUUUUUUUUUGAGGGGGGCAUAACUUAAAGAACCACGUUUCUUUUCUACAGUGUUACAACUCUUCCUCAGACGACAUAACUUUGUAUUAUUCCAAUGGAGCUAUGAACACUGUGGCACAAUUUUCAGUAUUUUUUCAUUAAAACAAAAUAAAUCUUUGUGGUAUCGCA